CAGCUUGGUGUGAUUCCUUCUCAACGACCUCCCAAGCCUAGGAGCUUUAUCUAAGGAGUCCUAACAUAUAUUCCAUCAGUCCUCCCUCACUGUGUUUCACGUCUACUCUGUUCGUGACUCACUCAUUUCAUUUCACCUCCGCAUGUUCAGACCAUCAUUGAAACCGAGGGCUCUAUCCAAAUUACUUUACACUUAGCUGUGCAAUUCUUAUUGAGAAGGCUCGCCUCCUCUAAAUCAUACACACUCUACAUUUCCCGGGCUAUCGCACUGGUGGCCAAUCGUCACCAUGUCUUCCAACAAUGACAGUAUGAUGACCAGAUUCCUAUUUGCGAUUUUGAAGCAGAAGAACCUCAAGGAUAUUAAUUGGGACGCGGUUGCUAAGGACGAAAUCUUACCCCAACCAAUUUCCAAUGGCCAUGCCGCUCGGAUGAGGUACUCACGUUUCCGAUCCGCUAUGCUAGGCAACGAGCCCACCAGACGAAAUCGAACAGGGCAGGGGAAAAAUCGAGUCACCAAGGCGAAGAAGGAUCCGAAAGGGAAGAAGGACGAGAUUGUUAAGCUAGAAUCUGCUCUAGAAUCACUCCCGGAAUCUUCAGUCACUCCGGAGCCAUCUGAGAUGCCCGCUCCCAAGAUCAAACAAGAGAGCACCCCCUACAGCUUUGCCGACCGGUUCACUCCUUGUCUCACUCCAGGACCGCCUAGCCAAAUCCCGGCAGCUUCAGUUUCGAGCAACCAUGGCGUGAUUCAGCCUCGAUUUCUUACACCGGGCAGUGAUAGCGACUUUUUCUCUCCAUCUCCAGCCCUCAUACCCAGCCCUGCUAGUGAGAUGGUCACUUCCCAGAACUCAUUCAGCUUCCGCGAUUCGCCGUGCCCCGACCACCCCGAUCCGAUGUGGCCCAGUGUUCCACACUAUUCUACCUUCGGAGCAGGUUCCUCGUUUGAUGAAUUCAGGGCCAGUCCUUGCGAGCCAUCCCAUGUGCAUUCUCAUCCACAGAUGCUUCCGUUUCGGACGGUUGAAUGUGAUGAUGAUUACGUCCAUGUGAAGCACGAAUGGGACGAGUACUCUUGAUGCACAUGUCAGGAACUCCGAUAGGCUGGUUUGGGGGCUAUGGUUUCAGCGCAGAUAGCUACUAUAUGCUGCGGGGGUUACGAGCUCGUUUCUACUAGGAAUUUGGUCAAGAAAACACGUGGAUUGCUAUUCGGUCAUGGGCUAUUUUCUAUGCGGUUGGUAAUAAUGAAACCUGGGCGUUUAGGGACGAAUAAUCUGGCUUCUUGAGGGUUUUUGAUGCUGGUGAUUUCACUCGUUUGGGCUUUGUAAGACUACUGCUUAGUGAUGUGGUUUUGGCAUCUGGCAUUGAGACAUGUCUGAGCUUGGUUGAUGAGUACCUAGAGACGCUAUACUGUUUCUAUGAAUGGAGGCUAAAGUCAUUCUUUGAGUAUGUUGUAUGAGCACGUGAUACCUUAAUCCAAUAAUUUUUAAUGCA